GCGAAACAGAGUCCAUCAAUAACAAAGGAGAGUUCAUCUAGAGUAGAAAAAGGCUAAAUUUCAUGUCCAGAAUAAGAGAAAAAGAGUAAAAGUAUAUCCAAACAGUGACCAAGAUGUUUAUCGAGAACCUUCAUGACGACUUCUACAAACUUUUAAUCGGAAAACGUAUUUUAUUAAUUGUGAAUUAUGACUUGGAUGCGAUUUGUGCGAGUAAGAUACUCAUAACCCUGUUCAAGUUUGACAAUAUGCUGUACUCGUUGAUACCCGUAAUGGGAAGAUCGGGUCUUGAGCGAGCCUUCAACGAGCAUCGCAAUGACGUGAAACAUGUGUUGUUGGUCAAUUGCGGAGGCGGCAUUGAUUUAGUAGAUGUUUUACAGCCCGACGAAGAUGUUGUGUUUUAUGUGUGUGACAGCCACAGACCUUAUAACGUUUGUAAUGUUUACAGUAAUGGACAGGUUCAAAUAAUUGGUACUGCUGACGAAGACGACAGAAUUCCCGAAUUCGAGGAGAUUUUUCAAGAUUCAGAGACAGAAGAAGAACAAGAUGACGAUUCGGGACAAGAAAAUGGAUCAGAUAGCGAACAAGAAGGCGAAACUCGAAUGGAACGUAUCGAAAGACAAGCUCUCAAACGUCGUGCUCGUCGAAAAUGGGAGCAAAAACGUGACGAAGUGAUGUUUCAAUACACACAAUAUAACUAUUAUGGCAGAAGCACAGCACUCACUCUAUAUGAACUCGCAUGGAAAUUGUGCAAAGAAUCGAUGGAUUUGCUUUGGUUUGCGAUUGUCGGAGCAACAGAACAACUUAUCUUGGGAAAAAUCGAAAGCGCAACGUACACACUCGAAAGUGCUAAAAUUCAAGCUCAUUGUUCGCGUCUCAUGAAUCGAACGAGUGAUCAAUCUGUACACACAACUGUUAAAAUUUUAUAUGAAAAUGAUUUGCAUCUCGCUCUAUAUCGACAUUGGAAUGUUCAGGAUUCGCUCAAACACUCCAUGUAUCCUGCGUGUCAAUUGAAACUUUGGACUGCACGCGGCGAAAAACGAAUGAACGAAUUACUUGUUGAAAUGGGUUUGCCAUUGGUUCAAGCUCGACAAUCUUUCAGCAGUAUGGAUUUGACGUUGCGAAAGGAAUUUUACAAAAUGUUGGAAGGUCUUGCAGAUAAAUAUGGGAUGCCUGACUUGAUUUACGGAUCUUUUACACUCCAAUAUGGAUACAGAAAUCGUUUUUCUGCUGCAGAUUACGUUUAUUCAAUGAUUGCCUCAUUAGAAUCAAUUUCGAAGGAAAAGUCACCUGAACAGUGUUUUCUCGAGACAUUUGACUCGUUAAGUCGUUUGAGUAAACCACUCCUCGAAACAGGCAUUAACAAAGCAAAACAGAUGUUGAACGUUAUUGUAAAGCAAUUGCAAUCGUGCCUCGAUAUGCAUCAAGUUAAAUCGGCUGGUCCAUUUCUGUACUACAUUUUGCAAGAGGAAAAUAGCUUCUUUUCAUGCCCUUAUGGUAUCACGAUGUUGGCGAAAUUUGUAUUACGCGCAUAUGUCGCUGUCUCAAGGAAUCGAAGAGCAAUUCAACUACCUCUUGUGCUUUCAUCUGUUCUUGAUGCUGAACGAGGAUUGUGUCUCAUGGUUGGCGUUCCUCCCGUUAGUUUAGAUGCGCGAAAUUUGUUUGGCAGAGCAUUUGAGGAAGCGGCAAAUAAGAGUCGAGUCAUGAUUUCACAAGACUCUUUCGAAGAAUCAAUUAUACAAAUUCGACAAAAUGAUCAAACAAAGUUUUUAGACGCCCUAACAGUUGUAUUAAGUUAGAAAUCAUGAUUCUGUAAGCGCAUGAAAUAGAAUAAGAAUAAAAAUUAGUGUUCAAUUGUAU